AUGGUUUCCACCAGCAUCAUCGAGAGGCUCGCCUUCUUGGUAUCAUUCAUCUUAUGGGGAGUAGUAGCCAGCCCUCGUGGAAUUAUAGUUGGGGACUGGAGGAACCUGGAAGUGUCUCGGGAGAUAAUCUUUCAGCCGAGCACAGUGAAGGUGACUGUGAAUGUUGAGCUCGAUUGCUCGAUGUGUACGGGGCCGAUGGGCUACACUUUUCUAAAGCUACCCAAUCAGCCCUUGGGCCACCAUAAGGUUAGUUUUUUUCAAGGUCUGGGAUAUGUGUCGGUGGUGGAAAAUGAAUCUGGGAAGAGCUUGGUCGUAGAGGACUUUGGCUUGUUCGGGGAGGACAGGUAUUUGAAAGUGACUCUACCGGAGGCUAUGAAUAAGGCUUCACUUAACGUGGAUAUGGUAUUUGGUAGAAUGUAUAGGCCUUUACCUGAGGAGAUACUGGAAUUGGAGGUACAGAAGGUUGAGUAUGUUGAUGCUGUGUAUUGGCCCUCCCCCUAUCCUACACUUAAGGAGUCUACUACUAUCAGGCUAAUGAGCGAAGAGAAAAUUGAACGGGUUUUGCCGGAGGGUUCAGCAAAGGUGAAGGGGAAAUCGAUUACCUAUGGACCAUACAACGAUAUCAAGCCUUACGAGGGACUUCCAGACCUAAUACACGUUCAUGUUUCCCAUCCCUUCCCUCUGCCCUAUUUUGCCAAGAGCUCUAGAGUGGUAGAGGUUUCUCAUUGGGGUAGUGUGUCCGUGACGGGUCAGUUCGAGCUGGUUAAUGAAGCUGCUAGGUUGGGAGGGGAGUUCUCUAGGAUACCCUUUAGUAUUGACAAAGAGAACCCCUACAAGGUGAAGUCAUGUGUGAAUGAGAUAGAGGCGAUCCUGCCGAGGUCAGUGCGCAAUAUUAACUACAGGGAUGCUAUUGGGAAUGUUUCCUGUAGUGUCGUGAUGAGGGGAAGGGAUGGUAUGGUGAUUGCUAGGUUUCCUAUGCUUGGAGGAUGGAAGGACGAAUUCGAAUUCUCCUAUGCGCUACCAUCUAAGACUGCUCUGAAGGUGUCGUCUAGUGACAGUCAUCAGUACGUGCUCAAUGUGGCAUUCAACCAGCCUUUUGUGAGGGUCUUUGCUCAGGAACAAGUUCUCGAGGUCGUUCUACCGGCAGGAGCUACAGGGAUCAGAAUUAACUCUCCAGCUGGCCUUGGAACAUUUGAGUACAUUCCUGAGGGGAGAUACUCGUGGUUGGACUUUACUACACCGAGGAGACUAGUCCGUAUAGUCUCAUCUGGGUUGAUCGUGCCAGAGAGGGAUGCUCUUAAUACCAAGAUUCAGAUCGCUUAUCACAUGCCUACUGGGUUGGGUAUUUUGGAUAAGCCUGCUCUGCUGGUUGUGUACGUUUUCGCCCUUUUCUUGGCUUACAUCGUUUUCAAUAGACUAAGCUUGAGGAUCGUAACGGGCAAGGCUGAGGCAUCCAAGAUCGAUUCCCGGGCUUGGGAUUUUUCCGUGUCGUUAAAGGUGGCAGAUCUUUUUGAAGAUCUUUGCCACGUGAAUGAGAAGGUAUUGAAAGUUGCCAAAGGACCGGUUCAUAAAUUGGAUAAGGCUAUUCUCGCCCAAACGGCAGCUGCCGAGUCGCUUUGUUCUAAGAUGAGGCUGGUCAUGGGCAUGGACCCUUCCCCUGUUCACGGGUCUAGGAGGUAUGUAAAGGUAGUCGAGCUUGGAAGCAGUGAGGGAAGGUACUCCAAUACGGAACUUGCAAAGCGUGUGGUAGCGACGUGUGAGGAGUAUGCGGCUUCGGCUAGGGCUCUCUCUAGGAGUCUUUCUAAGACGGCGAUAUCGGAGAAUGAUGCUAAGAAAUACAACAUUGUUAUGGCUGAGGAGAAAUCGGCGGCUAGCAAGUAUAGUGAUGUUGAGGAGUUGUGUGUGAAUCUGAUCCAGAAGAUGGAGGAAGAGAGCAGAGCAUCGUCUGCUCGGAUGGGAUAUGGUGCUGGGGAGGAUAAGACGACAGAUGCAGUAGGGGAGUCCAAGAAGAAGAAAUGA